AAGAAUUGGGACAAAAGUCAGCCAAGCCAGAGAAAAGACCGCUGAAGUUGAAUCGGCGAGCUCGGAAAGAGUGAAGGAGGGAACGAUGAAGCACCCUCGGUUUGCUCAGUUGCUAUGCAGAUGAUCUUCUUGUUGUUAUUACGCUGAAGGAGCUCCAGAAGGGAAAUACUCAGAUGAAAGGAUGUUGCAGCAGCCUGAUGAAGGACUGAGCCCGACCUGAGCCUCCCGUAGACCCCUGUCUCCCUGACCCUCGGACCCCUCGGUGCUGCCAUCCCAUCAUGCACCUGCUGUGCCGCGGGCGGCUGAAGCUGCUGGUGGCAUCUCUCACAGCCAUCGUCCUUCUCACCUGGCUGUACCUGCUGGCUGGAAACCUGGAGAAUGGUCGAUCUCUCCUCCUGGCUCCCUGCUUGGUGGACACUCCGGCUGCCCGGGUCCUAGAGCGAGCCGUCCUUGAGUCACGGGUACGAGAGGUGGAAGAAGAGAACAGACAGAUCAGGCUGCAGCUCAGCCAAUCACAGGGUACGGCCGCCCAGCCGCCAGAUGGUAACUACGGCAACCAGCAGUGGGGUGCAUCGGCGGACACUGGCGCGGAGGACGGCGAUAAUACGGCAGAGGAGAAGAACAAUCACACAGAUUGUCCACGCUCACCUGCCAUCCAGAAGUGUGAGCUGAUCCAUGUAGCGUGCGUUUGUGCCGGUCACAACGCCAGCAGAGAUGUGGUCACGCUGGUCAAGUCUGUCCUCUUUCACAGGAGAAACCCUCUUCACUUUCAUUUCAUCACAGACACAGUGGCCAAUCGCAUCCUGAGUUCUCUCUUCAAGUCCUGGAUGGUCCCAUCAGUGCAAGUGAGCUUCUACGAUGCAAAUGAACUCAAAUCUGAGGUGUCUUGGAUACCCAAUAAGCACUACUCAGGUAUUUAUGGCUUGAUGAAGCUGACGCUAACCAAAGCCUUGCCCUCCGACCUGUCGAAGGUCAUCGUCCUGGACACGGACAUCACCUUCGCCACUGACAUCGCUGAGCUCUGGGGCAUUUUUAGGAAGUUCACAGAUAAGCAGGUGAUUGGCCUGGUGGAAAAUCAGAGUGACUGGUAUCUGGGGAACUUGUGGAAAAACCACAAACCGUGGCCUGCACUGGGAAGAGGUUUCAAUACAGGUGUGAUCCUGCUUUACUUGGAGCGUCUACGGCGAAUUGGUUGGGAGCAGAUGUGGCGGCUGACAGCAGAGCGAGAGCUAAUGAGUAUGCUCAGUACGUCACUGGCUGAUCAGGACAUCUUCAAUGCCUUUAUCAAGCAAAAUCCUAUCCUGGUGCACCAGCUGCCCUGCUUCUGGAAUGUUCAGCUGUCUGAUCACACCCGUUCAGAGCAGUGCUACACCGAGGUGUCAGACCUCAAGGUAAUCCACUGGAACUCUCCAAAGAAGCUUCGUGUGAAGAACAAGCAUGUGGAGUUUUUCCGGAACCUCUAUCUGACUUUCCUGGAAUAUGAUGCGAACCUCUUGAGACGGGAGUUAUUUGGCUGCCCGAGUCAAGCCAGCCCAGAGAGCAUCCAGCUGCAGGCUGCUCUGGAAGAGCUCGAUGAAGAUGACCAGUGCUACGACUUCCGACGAGAGCGAGUGACAGUGCACCGCGUACACCUUUACUUCCUGCAGUACGAGUACACGCCCACCGGUGAUGACACUGACAUCACACUUGUAGCCCAGCUGUCUAUGGACAGGCUGCAGAUGCUGGAGGCCAUCUGUAAGCACUGGGAAGGACCCAUCAGCCUUGCACUCUAUAUGUCUGAUGCUGAGGCUCAGCAGUUUCUGCGUUAUGCCCAGGCCUCUGAGGUUCUGAAGAAUCGCAAGAAUGUGGGGUAUCACAUUGUCUACAAGGAGGGACAGUUCUACCCGGUCAACCUGGUGAGGAAUGUGGCCCUGAAAAAUGCCAACACACCAUAUGUGUUCCUGACCGAUGUGGACUUCCUGCCAAUGUACGGUCUAUACGAUUACCUCAGAAAGUCAGUGGUGCAGCAGGACAUGGCUCACACUAAGAAGGCUCUGGUGGUUCCAGCUUUCGAAACGUUACGCUACCGCCUCUCCUUCCCUAAAUCCAAAGCUGAGCUGCUCUCUAUGCUGGACAUGGGUACUCUAUACACCUUCAGGUAUCAUGUGUGGCCAAAAGGUCACGCUCCUACCAACUAUGCCAAAUGGCGAACAGCCACCACACCCUAUAAAGUUGAGUGGGAGCCAGACUUUGAACCAUAUGUGGUUGUGAGGCAAGACUGUCCAGAGUAUGACCAGCGCUUUGUGGGGUUUGGCUGGAACAAAGUGUCCCAUAUAAUGGAGCUGGAUGCACAGGAGUAUGAUCUGAUGGUCCUCCCAAACGCUUUCAUGAUCCACAUGCCUCAUGCUCCUAGCUUUGACAUCUCCAAGUUUCGCUCCAGCUCCAGUUAUCGCAACUGCCUGAGCACCCUGAAGGAUGAGUUUCACCAAGACCUGUCCAGGAAGUACGGCGCCGCUGCUCUGAAGUACCUCACAGCACAGAGGAACAUCUAAAAACGUUGAGGUCUGAGAGCGAAGGGAUUCAGUCUGUAUGUCCGCCAACGUCUCAGCUUCUGACUGACCAGGCCCGAGAUCUUGGGCACGCAGUGACGAUGCCCACCGUAUUGCCGCUGAGUGCAGACAUGAUGGCAAAGCUUUACAGCCUUUGAACAGUCUCAGCCACCUGUGCAUUGUUUCUCCAGUUGAUUUCACAGCGUGUUGAGUGAAGACAGGAUGCAGAGAGGAAAAAUCCAGAGGACAGACUGCCAGAAUUCCUCAAUACAGGAUUCACUGUGCAGAAAAGGAAUGGCAGAACAUGGACCACAGUGAGACUAGCUUUAAUGCCGGGGGAAAUAUCCAUCUUCUUACUAUGUGUUCUGACAAUCAGGGCUUUUUUCUUUUUCUUUUUUUUUCCUGAAGACUCACUUUGAAACAAUCUGUCCACUUGGAUUGCUGAACACUUGGCUCAAGGACACAAAACAAUGUGACCGGUGUCAUUUAGAGACAUUCAGACUAUAAAAGACUCACCAGUGAGGAAACAUGAGUCAUAUUUAGUGAGACCAGUUGAGCUGGAGAAAGAUUUAAGCCUUAUCAUCAUUUGUUUUGUUUUUUCAUAUUUACCAAGGUAUUUAAUGAUAUUUUCAUUUCAUAUUAUUUUUCUGUGUAAAUUGGUACCAAUGAAUAAUGAACUGCAAUGGUUUGAUUACAACUUGACAAGAAUCUCUGUAUUUUUUCCUUUCUAUAUUUUCAGACCUCUUUGAAAGAAAUCCCUCAUAUUCCCGUCUAAUGAUUGAGUUUUUCUUUUGGGCUUCAGGGACAUGCUUUGCUUAUCUCUGUGUGUGUGUGUGUGUGUGUGUGUGUGUAUGUGUGUAUG